GAAGCUGAGCAGCAAGGGGCCCGGAUGUAAACACGGAAACACCAUAAAACAACUCAAAGCGGGAGACGAAGACACGUCGACAAAGCAUCAAAACAACAUGUUCUUCUAAAAUUACAUUAAAUGUUAUAUAUUCCAGUCAUUAACAGAUCAUAAUAUCUUUAAACUCUCUACUGGUCGCUUCUAUAAACCAGCAAUGGAUAAAGACGCAGGUUUGGUUUUAGCUACAGAGCGAUAUGGCAGCGCAGAGGCUUGGAAAUAUUUAGUAAAUGACGGAGCGUUGGAGAGGAGGAGGGAUGGGAGUGAAGGUGGAUCAAGAGGCAACUCUGUUGUUGCAUUCUUUAAAAGCGUUUUUCUGCCUCAAGGCUACCCAGAGAGUGUCAGUAGAGAUUACCUUCAGUACCAGUUCUGGGAUACUCUUCAGGCUUUCUCCAGUUCCCUGUCUGGGACUCUGGCCACGCAGGCUUCCCUCAAAGGUGUAGGUGUUGGAAACCAGGAGGCGACCGUCGCUGCCGCCACGGUUACCUGGUUAUUGAGAGAUGGAACUGGCAUGUUGGGAAGAAUCCUCUUUGCCUGGAGAAAAGGGAGCAAGCUGGACUCUGAGGCUAAAACGUGGAGGCUUUUUGCUGAUGUUCUCAAUGACAUUGCAAUGUUCAUGGAAAUCUUGGCUCCUCACUUUCCGGCCUGCUUCACUUUGAUAGUUUGUACUGCAGGAAUAUUCAAGUCUAUUGUUGGUGUUGCCGGAGGUGCGACCAGAGCUGCACUCACUGUUCAUCAGGCUCGCAGGGACAACAUGGCGGAUAUCUCCGCCAAAGAUGGCAGUCAGGAAACUUUAGUGAAUCUUGCUGGGCUGCUGGUUAGCCUGUUACUCAUUCCUCUUAUCACUGAUAAUCCAAUCCUGACCCUCACCCUCUUCUUCCUCUUUACCAUCCUUCACCUCUUCGCCAACUACAAGGCUGUGCGUUCGGUGGUUAUGGAAAACUUCAACGAGGCGCGGCUUUCCAUUGUGAUGCAGCAAUACCUGAAGGACAGACAGAUCCUGAGUCCACUUGAGGCAAAUCAGAGAGAACCAGUGUUUUUUCAGUUUGGAAAAUCCCCACAAAUUAAACUCGGAGUGAGGUUACAGGAUGUUGUACAGAGCCCAGAGGAGCUGAAUCUGGCUUUAAAGGAAAACAACAUGCCAUUCUUGUUGGGAAUCAGAAAUGGUUGUAUUUGUGUUUGUUUGGGGACUGAAGCAUCAGUUCAUGAUGAAAUCAGAGCAAUGUGCCAGGCCGUGUGUAUCAGCAACAUGUUAAUUUGUCCAAAGGCUGCAGUACCAACCUCUGUGAAACCCAAGCAGCAAAGUUUGUGGGAAAUUGUGCAUGAGAGUCACAAGCUGAUGGAUGCCCAUUUCUCUCCAUUUCUCAAAGGUGUAAACGCUGCAGGUUGGGACACAAAAAGGACUUUGCUGGACUGGGAUGAGUGGAGAGCGGAGUGGAAAACCAAAACCAGCUGAGCUGCCUUGGCGUCAGUUUUAACUGCGUCCCUUUUUUUGGUUAAUUCAACAGUUACAUUUCCAGAUUUUUGUCAUUCUUUCAAAAUGAACAUGUAACAGCUUAGAGUCGCAGUCGGAGAAGAUGAAUAUUUUUGUACAAAGGCAAUAUGUAAUUUGUUAUUAAAGACAAUAAUUGAACAAUCAA